AUGAAGUCUGCCGUAGUCGUUCUGUUGAUUGCUAUGAGCUCUCUGGCUGAGAGUGGUUGCAAUACAUGGUACCUAGUUAACAAAGAUGGAGACUGUGAGUGUGGCUCUGACCUCAGUGGACGUUUGAAAUGCAACGACUGUGCGCCCAACAAGACGGUGGCUAUCACAGCAGGCUUUUGUAUGACAUACGACACGACAGGACUCUAUGCCCGAGGAGAAAAUUCAAGUUCUCUACUGAUAGCCGGAGACUGCCCCUACGGAACAUUUUCUAACACAACCAGCAGAAAGUUUACUACACUACCUACUGAUCCUACCCAGGUCAACAGCAGCCAGUGUAGUCCAUACAAUCGCAGGGGUCUCUUCUGUGGUGAGUGUCUUGUAGGAUUUGGUCCUGCAGCUCACUCCUUUGAUCUCCACUGCUCCAACUGCUCCCACAUGUCCACUGCCACAGCAAUCAGCCUCUAUCUUGUCCUGGAACUGCUCCCGAUAACUGUCUUCUUUUUUGUUGUUCUCGCCUUUCGCCCCUCGCUAAUGACGGGACCACAACUGGGAUACGACAUGUUGCUGAACUCGGAGCUCCUUGCCUCUUGGGUGGUUGCCCUCAGCCUCAUACCACACACAUUGAUGCUCCUCUGGGUUCUGUGUCACGUACUUCAACGAUUCAAAUGUCUCUCUCGCAGUGUUGAGGCUGUGCAGCGACAGCCUCUGGUCCAAAGGCUUCUCAGCCUGACUUCAGGCAGAGUCUACGCACUCCAACAGACAGAAGAUGAGAGUCUUGAUGAUGAGGAGGAAACACAGCCACUCCUCUACUGA